AUGCGCCCAAGGCUCAGCUCGAGAGUUGAGAGACCAUACCGACCCGUUUUCACAGGCCCAGAUAGAGAUUUUACCCUCGCGACUGGAGUCCGGAGUCAAGCAAAGCAUGUUGGAUCUCGAGAACAUGAGACGGUCGACAAUUGGUUGACAAGUUUGGGCGGUUGCAAGUACGGUAACGUCGACGGUAAGAUUACAGGAUGGUUGCAUUUUGUGGCGCGCUCCAUUCCAGCUCGUGCAACAAUACCCAACUAUUGUUCAGGCUGGCCGCAGUCACCGCGUUCUCGCGUCGAUAUGCCACUUCGUAAGGGGAAUUCAACAGAGCCAGGCCUUUUGGCUCAGAUCAUUCAGCAUGGCAAUCUAUAUGCUGUUCUCAUAGGCCUCAUUUUCGCAACAGUGCUACUUGUCCGUCAUUGUAGCACAGUACAAACCUCACACACGCGAAGACCACCUAUAGUCCAUCCGAAAGUCCCUAUUAUCGGCCACCUUCUGGGAAUGAUUACCCUUCAAGCCGACUAUUACCAGAAGCUGUGCUCGAAAUAUCCCUGGCCAAUCUCUGCCCUCAAGAUCUUCUCGAAGAAGAUCUAUAUCAUCACAUCUCCGGAGCUUGCUCAGAGCGUUUUCCGCAAUGCCAAGACGCUGUCCUUCGAUCCCAUUACUACCUCCGUAUCGAAGAGGGUCUUCCAGAUGACGAAGCGGCAAGUCGAUCUAUUGCAGGCAACAUACAGAGUUAUGCACGCAACGAUGCAGCCCGGUCGAUCGCUCUUUCAGACGAACGCUGUCGCGCUCACUCGAUUUGCGUCUUUCCUAGAUGAAGUUGAUGCCGUAGGCGAAACGGUAGAUCUUUACGAUUGGCUUCAGCAUCGCUUCACGAUUGCUACUGCAGAAGCGUUGUAUGGAGCGUCGAACCCGAUCUCCCAAAAUAGUGCGAUGAUUCAAUCGCUGGUGGACUUUGAAAAAUCCAUCGCCCUCCUCUUUCUCAACAUUCUUCCGUCAGUAACAUGCCCGUCUGGAAACCGGGCUCGAGCUGCUUUCCGGGAAGCUUUCAAACAUUACUACAGGAAUAAUGAUCUUGGCGAUGCUAGUGCUCUCAUUCGUGGCCGCCAUGAUGUCCUCACUUCGAAUGGAUUUACAACAGAUGACGUUGCUUGUUUUGAUAUUGGUGUUUUGAUGGCCGCGACUAUAAACUCCAACCCCGGGAUCUUCUGGCUCGUCUCUUUCAUCUACUCUUCUCCUUCUCUUCUCUCGUCUAUCCGAAAAGAAGUGGAAGAAAUAACAUCCAUAUCAAAUUCCCAAGCAGGAAACAACGAAGCCAGAAUGGACAUCAGCCUCCUGCUGCAGAGUUGUCCACUUCUCGUAUCAGCAUGGCAAGAAACCCUCCGUAUCCGCGCUGCAACAAUCCCCAACCGCGUCGUCACCGCCGACACCGUCCUCAACGACACUUAUACACUCAAGGAAGGAAGCAUCAUCCAACUCCACUGUCAGACCAUGCACACCUCCCCCUCAAUCUGGGGUCCCGAUGCCGCAAGAUUUGACGCGACGCGGUUCCUCACUUCCUCCACCGCCGCCGGAAUCGACAAAGAGACUCGAAAAAAGAGGAAGCAAGCUUUGAGCCCCUUUGGCGGCGGCUCGGCGCUAUGCCCCGGGAGGUAUUUCUCCAGCAUGGAAAUCGUCGGGGUCGUGGCUACCUUGGUCGCCGCAUUUGACAUUGAGGGGGUGAGGGUCCUUGAGGUCAAAAUGCAGGCUAUGAGUGAGCAGGUCAAACAUCCCGAAGGUGAUUUGCAAGUCAAGAUCAAGAGGAGGAAAGGAUGGGAAGAUGUAAAGUGGAAGUUCGUGGUUGGUGCUGGGGUCGAGGGGGCCGCGUCGAUGUUUGAGUGA